AUAUCCCUCCCAAGUGAAUUUCCAGAGUUUGCAGAGGUGUUUUCUCUCUUGAAUCUUGAUUACGGGUGGUGACUUUGAAAAUGCUAGUAUAUUGUGGAAAGUUUAGCACCGUCCGAACAAAACUAACAGAACUUUCUGAUAAAAUUGGAGGAACCCAAUGGACGUCAUUCGCUGUUGCAGGAUUAUUUCUGCCACUUCUCUUCGUUUUUCUUCCCAACCAUUCUUACUCCCAAUCUUCCAAACUUUCUGUCUUCUUAGAACAUCGAUGGAGUUCUGGGCGGCCUAGCAAUAGUUCUGAUCACUACGCUGAUUCCACCGAUGCUCCCACUAGCAUCAGCCACAUUGUGUUCGGAGUGGCGGGUUCUGUCAACACAUGGAGAACCAAGAAAAACUACAUAGAAGCCUGGUGGAAACCCAACGAAACCCGAGGAUUUGUCUGGUUGGAAAGAGCUCCAACGGAUUACCUGCCAUGGCCUUCAUCCUCUCCUCCGUUCCGGGUUUCGGAGGACGUCGGAAGAUUCAAAGAAUUCGACAGACACAGGAUGCGCCAUGCGAUUCGAAUGGUUCGUGUGAUCGCGGAAACAUUCAGUGAGGAUCACAAGGAUGUGAGGUGGUAUGUCAUGACUGACGAUGACACCGUCAUCUUCAUCGAUAACCUAGUGGAGGUUCUCUCCAGGUAUGAUCAUAACAAGUACUUCUACAUCGGACAUAACUCGGAGUGCGUUGAUUCUAACUUCUGGAACUCCUACGAGAUGGCAUUUGGUGGAGCUGGAUAUGCUUUGAGUUACCCCCUCGCAAAGCUUUUGGCAAGCAACAUGGACGAGUGUAUAAAGAGAUACCCUUUCCUUUUUGGGAGUGAUCAUAUGUUACAGUCUUGUGUGGCUGAUCUAGGAGUUCCAUUGACUCACGAACGAGGGUUUCAUCAGAUCGAUCUAACAAGAGACAUAUCGGGCUUCUUAUCAUCCCAUCCACAGGUUCCUUUUCUAUCCCUCCACCACCUUGAUGUUGUGGAUCCCAUCUUUCCCGCCAUGGAUCGUUAUCAGUCCUUAAGACACCUAAUGGAAGCUGCAAAAGUUGACUCGUCUCGUCUGUUACAGCAAAGCAUCUGUUACGACAAGGAGAACAACUGGACCUUCGCCGUCUCCUGGGGCUACUCUGCUCAGAUUUACCAGGAAAUUUUCUAUCCAUGUACCUUACAGAGACCCAUUGAGACGUUCAAAUCGUGGAGAAACAAGGGAAUACCACCUUUCAUGCUUAACACCAGGCCUCUCUCCAACAACGCAUGUGAAGCUCCACACGUCCUUUUCUUUGAAUCCAUAGAGCAAGCUAAGGGAGCCCAAAUUAUUACCAAUUACAUUCGAAAAUCACAGCCAACUCGACAGCCUUGUUCGUCGAGCGGUAAUCACUCCGCCAAUUCGAUGUUGAAAAUUCGGGUCUCAUCUCCGGCGAUGAGGCUUAAUGUGGUUGGAACAAGGAGGGAAUGCUGCGACGUUCUUCGUGGCUCUGGCACAAAUGUUACCGAGCUUAAACUUAGGGCUUGCAUGGAGGACGAAGUGGUCGCUUAAUUAACCCCAUACUAGAAGAUUAUACAUAAAGCACUUGGAUAUGUAUUGCUCAAUUUCUUCGUGAAACUUGUUACUGUUGCUAAUUUUUAUUUUGAGAGAUAAAACAUGACAGGAAUAUUGUAAAAUGAAAAUAGUUCCUGUUCUGGCCCCUUUUUGGUGAA